AGCCAUAGAAUGCCGGCCGGCAGCGGCGCAUAGUACACGCGCGUCGCUCUUUGCCGGCGCACGCGCACAUCGCUGAUACGCGUAUUGUAUAUAAGGGCAUGCACCCUUCGCCUGGUUCACUUUACCUGUCCUACUUCUCAAAGAAGGUCCUAUAAGUUAUUAUAAAAAAGUGUGAAAAUGUCAGCAGAAAAUUUACUCGUAGACAUCCGUCAUGAUGAUCACGAUGAUGAUACCGAAGGCGUGGUGCUGGCCAAAGGAAUAUCUAUGCUGGUGUUAUUUACCGCCUCCAUGAUCUGUGGCCUGAUUCCUCUUGUAUUGUCGAAGAAGUUCCACUGGAUAUCUGCUGAUGAAGCGGGCUCGUUGAAGUCUACUAAUAGAGUGGUGAUGACCCUCCUAUCUUUCGGCGGAGGCGUCCUUUUAUCGACCACGUUUCUGCACCUGAUGCCCGAAGUGGAUGAGAAUGUACAUUAUUUACAAGAUACUGGCCGAUUGAAGGAGUUGAGUUUCUCACUGACGCCAUUUCUGACGUGUUGCGGUUUCUUCAUUAUGUACCUGGUGGAGGAACUGGUACAUGUAUACAUACAUCACCGAGAAAGGAACAACGGUAACCAGAAACUAGUCCGCAACUUAAGUUUACGAAGAAGUGUACCGUCCCCUACUGGGAAUGGCGAGAAGAGCGUCACUAAUUCCACCGCUGAUCUAAUUGAACCCGAAUCAUUAAAGCGACAUAAGGAUCCAGAAGUAAACAUUCGGCACGAUCAUUCACAUCACCACCACAGUCAUGCUCCUGUCGUCGAUGGCGACGAUGUGACGUCAGCUCUACGUGGCUUGCUCAUAGUAUUGGCCCUUUCCAUUCAUGAGCUUUUUGAAGGCCUAGCUGUUGGCUUAGAAUCUAGCACUUCGCAUGUUUGGUACAUGCUGGGCGCAGUUUCCGCGCAUAAACUUGUGAUAGCUUUUUGUAUUGGUGUGGAACUCAUUGCCACUGGUACCAAGACCUGGUUGGCAGUAGUGUACAUAACUACUUUCGCCGUGGUUUCACCCCUGGGUAUUGGCAUUGGUUUGGUUCUGGUCGGAGGAGAGGGAGCCACUGCUGCUGGGGUCUACUCAGUCGUACUACAGGGGCUAGCUUCGGGCACCCUUCUCUAUGUGAUAUUCUUCGAGAUAUGGAAAGGAGACAGAACCGGCAUACUCCAGUACAUUGCAUCUAUUGUUGGAUUUUUCCUCAUGUUCGGACUAAUGUUAUUAACGGGCCACUCCCACAGUCAUUCGCAUGGAGAAGACGACCAUCAUCAUGGACAUUCUCACGAUAAAUGAAAUUUUGAGGAUAUUUUCUCGACCUAAAUUUUAUAAAAAAUUUACAGAGUGAAAUCGAAAUGAUUAUUAUUUAAGGGAGUGUUCUACUACUGAAAUUGAACAUUUUACACAAAGAAAGACGGGUCAGAAAUGACAAAAUAAUACUGAGAAUUGCGAUUUCACUCGUGUACAUUAAAUUUAUAUUUUUUUAUAUAAAGACCAAAUUAUAAUUAAGUACCUUGUGAUAUUUAAUUACCAUAGUGUAAUAUUAAGCCACUUGAAUUCACAAUUAAUAAUAGAAAGGCAUAUAUAAGAUAGGCGACCCAAAUGCGUCAGCAUAAAAAGAAUAAGCGUGCCAUAUUUUCAAAAGCGAUAUUGAUUGAGAACAGAACAAAAGAGGUACCUACUUAUUUACAAGUAGGUGCAUUCCUUAUGCACAUACCUAGACAUUCGUAAAUUUU